UUAAAUCAGUUUCUUUACAUUUAUCAAUACUCUCCCCAAAUGUUCUCAAGGUAGGUUGGAUUAUGAUGUCAGAUGUUCUUCAGAUUCUACUGAAUGUAUAUUCCAUAGAACCCUGCCUCCUGACACAAUAUCCUGUAUCUGCCAUAGAGCCCAAUGCUGGUUAUCACUAACAAUGAACAUAAUCAUUUGAUCAGAGAUAGGACAACAACUAAACAACAUUAUUCAUGAAGUUAACCAGAUCUCAUUGGUGCCCACGGUCCCUACAUGAGGGAGGCUUGAGUGACAGGAGAAAUCUGAUUGGUCCUGUUUGUUCUGUAUAUAGUGAUGUAGUCUACCACACAGAACUCACCUCUCUGUUUUACACCGUAGGAUCAGGAUCACGGUAUUUACAACAUGAGACCCAGGAGAAGAAGCUGAAGAGGGAGGCAUCAGCUGGUGAGCUUGCUCAACAGAUAUGUGAUGUGAAGACUGAGGUAGAGAGACUGAGAAGAGAGAUCUCAGCCCAGAUGACUGAACCUGGAGAGACGUCAGAUACAGGUUCCAUACUCCCAGUCAGGAGGAGACACAGCAAGGAGGAUCCUCUAUCCAUGGGAGGAGAGACCUCAGAUACAGACCCCACACUUCCACUGAGGAGGACAAACAGCAUGGAGUUAAAUCCUCCAGAUAUGGGAGGAGAGAGCAGCAGUCCUGACUCCCCAGUGUCUCCCAGUGUGUCUGAGCUGAGACUGGUGCUGCUGGGGAGGACUGGGGCUGGGAGGAGUGCAGCAGGAAACACCAUCCUGGGCAGAGAGGAGUUUGGGGCCCAGGCCAGCCCCUCUGCAGUGACCCAGAGGAGUAAGAGGAGAGAGGGGGACAUGUGUGGGAGACGGCUGGUGCUGGUGGACACUCCAGACUGGUUCUGUCCUGGACUGUCUCUGGUGGAGAUGAGACAGGAUGUGGGGCUCUGUGUCCGUCUGUCUGCCCCGGGACCCCACACCUUCCUCCUGGUCAUACCAGUGGAGCCCUCUAAGGGGGAGGAGAGAGGGGUGCUGGAGAGAAUAGAGGAGAUGUUUGGGGAGGGUUGUUGGGACCACACUGUGAUUCUAUUCACCCAUGAUGAUGUCCUGAAAGAGCAGAGCAUUGAGGAGUUUCUCCAAGCAGGAAGUCAGGACCUCCAGCAGCUUGUAGAGAAAAGUGGGAGCAGGUACCACGUCCUCAACAUUAAGGACAGGGCCCAUGGCACUCAGGUAUCAGAGCUGCUGGAUCAGGUAGAGGAGAUGGUGUCAGGAAACAGAGAGAGAUUCUACAGCAGUCAGACCUACCAGGAGGCAGAGACCCAGGUUAGAGAGAUGGAGGGAAAGAUCCAGAGAGAGAGAGGAGAAAGGAAACAGAGGGAGGAGAGAGACUUGAGAGAGAGGCUUCAGAAGGAGUUCCAGGACUCUCUGAUAAAGAUAGAGGGAGUGAUCCAGGAACAUGAGGGAUAUAUCAGAACACUCAGUGAAAGAACCAGUGAACUGGAGAGACAGGUGAAAGAAGAGAGGGAUGAGGAGAAGAAAAUAGAACUGGAGAGGGAGCUGAAGAGGGAGUCUGAUAGGAGGGAGGAGAUGGAGAGAAAGCUGGAGAGAUUGAGAGAGAAGACAGAGAAUGAGAGGAGGGAGAUGGAGGAGAGACACAGACAGGAGAUAGAGGAGAUGAUGGAGAACUAUGAAGGAGAGGCCAGAGUUGAAGCAGAGAGAAACAUGAUGAAGAUAGUCCUACCUGAGUUACAGAGGAACAUCAUGAUCUCACAGACAAAGUUGCAGAGGGAGUUCAGCAGACAGAUGGAGGAGAAGAAUAGACAGAUGAAGGAGAAGGAUAGACAGAUGGAGGAGAAGGAUAGAGCGAUUGUGGAAAGGGAUGGAGAGAUAGAGGGACUGAUAGAUAGACUGUGGGAGAUGUGCAAGUGAGUUAUUGUAACUAGCCUGAAGAAGUGCUGGGAUACAUGGAGAGGUAGAAGAAGGGAGAAGAAGACGACAGGGAGAACUGAUGGAGAUCUUAGGAAUGUUUGGGCAGAUGUAACCUAGUUCACAAUUUCACUGAAUUAGCCUGACAACGAGGUUAGAGAUGAGAUGACUUUUUCAUGGAGGGAUUGGAGAAGUUAGAGAUAAUCACAUGAUAUUUAUCUCACAAUGUGUAGAACAACGUGAUAGUCUGUCCUGUGAUGAGUGUCAUGGUGGGAAAACAGG